AGUUUUAUGUUCAGCGUACUCCAACAGAUUGUUCUCAUAGGAAAGACAUGGCGGGAAAACUGCUUUUUACGGCUCUUCUGUCCGCCGCUUGUUUGACUGUGUUAGAAUGCAACUGCUGGGGUUGUGGAAGAAGGGCCUCCAACAUCAGAAAGUUAUUUUCUACGAACGAACCAAUAUGGAUAUACAGCACCACCGGGCCCACCAAAUUAAGGUGUUUAGUGGACGUGGUGGAUAUAAUGGAAAGAAUGUCCGUAAACUUCACACGAUCGUGCUACAAUCGCGGCCACAAGGUAUCUAGGUCAUUGCAAGGAAUAUUUGAUCAGCGCCGAAAAAAGCACAUGGAUGUGAAAACUUCAGGUCCCCUAUUCAACUUUCAAGAAGAUCUGCUCUUUAUGAGCGAUGACUACAGCUGUGCAGUGGUUAUGACAACGACGAAUGUUUGUGGUAGAGUUCUCAGGUACGACCUGAGAAUUAGGAAUGCCUUCAUCACAAAGCCCCCUCAGAAGAAUUGUCUGAAAUGGUUCCACAAGUACGAGAAAGAUGGAAUUGUUCUCUACGACCCAAGCUGUCAGCGUAUACUUGCGCAACGUGGAGAAUCACAGCCAUAUGAGCAGGAACAAGAACGUUGCAAAAGUGGAGCUCAUUGACUGUCUCGUGUAGUCACGAGAGAGUCGCUGCCAGGAAACUACUCACAUAUAGAAUUGUACAAAAAUUCAAUACUACAGCUGAAUUUCAAAAACUUGAAAGGACGUUUAUAUAUAUGCUUUGAGAGGCAAGACAUAUAAAUAUACGUAUACGUGAUGGCAAAAAUUUGUUUUAUAAUAAACGGCCUCGCUCUCUC